AUGGAAAUAGGAGAAUAAAAGAUACAUUGUGAUAAACAUAAUAAAAAAUGUUAUUUUAUAUGCAUAUAGAAGGAAUGUUAAGUAGGUCGAAGACUUUUGUGUACAAAAUGUAUUUCAAGCUAAUCACAUAAUUAACAUAAGAUAGUUGAUUUUGAGGAUGCAAAUAGAUGGAUAAAGUAAAAGGAAAAGGAAUGUAUAGAAUAGUUAAGUGAGUAAUCAUCUGAAAUUUGGAGAUAAUUUUAAUCUUCAAAAUAAAAAAUAAAUAGUUUACUUGAAACCAUAGAAUUAAAUCUAAUUGCGAUUUUAUCACCAACUUUACAUAAACUAAAAGAGAAUCUAAAAACAAAUAAUAUUUUCAAUAUAGCUUAAUCAUUAUCAGAGUUUAAUUUUUAGACUCCAAAAUAAUAAGAAUAAGUGAUUGAUUUGUAGUAUUUGGAGGAAAAAAUGAAUAUUUGUGUUAUUUUAUUGGAAGAGUUGAAUACAAAGGUUCAUUAAUUAGAUAGUAGAUUUUUUUGGAAAUAAAUAAAGAAUUUUAAUGGACAUGAAGAUGUAAUUUAUUCAUUAGAUAUAUCAUCUGAUGGUAAAAGAGCAGUAACAGGAGGAGGAGAUAUGUAAAUAAGAUUGUGGGAUUUAAUAAAUUAUGUAUAAAUUGGUAAUUCAAUACAAGCACAUGAAGGAAUUGUAUGGUGUGUAGCUUAUGGAUAGAAUUGUAUUAUUUCUGGUAGUGAUGAUAAUACAAUUAAAUAUUGGAAUGAUUAAACAAUGAAGAUGAUAGAUGUAAAAUAUACAAAUGAUCCAGUAUUUUCUUUAGAAUUAAAUUAAGAUUAAACUCUAUUAGCAUCAGGUAUUAACAAUUUGAUAAAUUUAUGGAAUCAAAGUGAUAGAAAGUAAAUUGGAAUUUUAAAAGGGCAUACAGAUUAUGUAACAUCUUUAUCAUUUUAAACACAUUUUUUGGUUUCAGGAUCAAAAGAUAAAACAGUUAGAUUAUGGAAUAUCUAGACUAAAUAAUUGAUUAAUAUAUUCUCUGGAAAUUAAAACACUAUAAGAAGUGUAGCAUUUUCUAAAGAUGGUAAAUAUAUUGCUUCUGGAGGUUAUGAUAAAAUAAUUAGAAUUUGGAAUCAAAGCAAUAAUAAAAUGACAUAGCAUGAUCAUGGUGAUAUUAUAUGGAGCAUUAGAUUUUUAGAUAAUCAAACACUUUUAAGUGGAGGUAAGAAUGCUAAAAUUAAAUUUUGGAAUUUAAAUGAAAGUCAAAAACAAGAUAUGGCUAUUGAAUGUGAGAGAGGAAUUAUGACUAUGUCAAUUACAACUUCUGGCAAUACUAUUAUAGCUGCUACCAAUAAAGAUAUAUGUAUAUUUGAAAGACCUAUUUGA